CUAUGAGGACAGUGAAAGCACCGUGACCUCACACCCAGGUGUUUCUUCCUCUCUGCUCCAAGAUAAACUUGGCACCGUGCGAUCGAAACGAGACGUCUUUCUGAUACAAACAACGGAGAGUGAAGGGCGAUCGCUGUACCCGGCUCUAGCCUCUGCUCCCCCUCACUAUAUCAGACAGUGCCAUCUUUAGUGAGGACACAUUGUUCCAUUCAACACUUCCUAUGAUGAAACGGAUCCACUGAAGGCAUGUCCAGCCAGGGUGAAGGAUGGUCACACAGAGGAGCAGACGCUGUGUGAUGCUGCUUCUCUCUCUCACCCCAUCAAUAUUCCCCCCUCUGCCCAUCUCCUUCCUCCCUGCUCUCACCCUCUCCGCCUGGCCUGCUCUAUCAUUAUCUGUAACAGCCUCCACCCUUCCUGUUGGCAACACCAGCAUAUCAACCAUUUCUAACGCCCUCCCCACUCCUGCGAUCCCCUCCACCAUCAGCCCGACAUCUAUCCACCUCUUUGACCAAACUUCCCCCAGAAAAAGCAUAAUUUCCUCAGAUGACUUGCUUGCUAAAAAAGCCCCUCUGCACGAAAACCCACAAUGCAAUUCGUCCAAAGCGACUCCUGUGUCUUCUGACAAACUACCUGAUCACGCGGCUGAACAUCCAGCAAGUUCCCCAUCUUCCCCUCUACCUCAAAGUUCUUCUACCCAACAUCUCUCUACUGGUUCAACAUCAUUUCUCUCCGCAUCCUUCUUCACCACUCAAACAUCACCGCCUCCUUUUGCCAAAACUUCACCCAAAAUCCUCACAUCUCCCCCAGAAGCAGCAUCCUCUCGUCGGACCAAACCACUUCUGCCUCCCCCCCUCCUCCACACCACACUCCCGAUGUUCCUGCACCAGCCUUUCAUUGUGAGUUGGAACAUUCCUGAUCGGGUGUGUAAGAGGUACAACAUCUCACUGGACACCUCGCCCUUUAAAGGAGUGGCAACACCUGCUAAGGUCCCAGGUCAGUUCCUGUCUCUGUUCUACACUGACCGGCUGGGUCUUUACCCACAUGUAGACCUGACCAGCAGGAAACAGCUGAACGGUGGCAUCCCACAGAGAGGGGACAUGAGGGCCAGUUUGAACAAGGCCAGAGCCGACAUCAACUACUACAUCACAUCCAAGACCAGCCGAGGCCUGGCUGUGAUCGACUGGGAGGAAUGGCGCCCCCUGUGGGACAGGAACUGGGGCGCUAAGAGAAUCUACCAGACUCUUUCUGUGGCACACCUCCUGCAGACUGAGCACUCCCUCAAUCUGCAGCAGGCCACAGAGAGAGCCAAGACUCAGUUCCAGGCAGACUUGGUCAGCACCCUUGGGGAGAGUGCAGCAGUGGGGGUGUCCGGUGCCGUGCUGUGGGGGGCCAGCGCUGACUACGAUGACCAGACGUCUUGUGCCGCCCUCUCCUCCUACCUCACUUCCACCCUCAACCCUUACAUCACCAAUGUCACCGUAGCCGCCCAGCUCUGCAGCAACUUCCUGUGCCGAGGGAAUGGCCGCUGUCUCCGAAAGAACUACAACUCAAAUCACUACCUCCAUCUAAACCCCGAGAAUUUCAGGAUCUUGCAUGUUCAGAAGCGCUUCCUUGUCCUUGGGAGACCUUCCCUCUCAGACUUAAAGGCUUUCAGCAGGGGGUUUAGCUGCCAGUGCUACACAGGACUGAGCUGUUCUCCCAGGACUAACAGAGAGCUAGCCAAGGCUCUGAAAUUUAGUGUGAAGCAAGGACUGUACCAGAAAUUUCACACUCUGAAUAAAGCUAUGUUGGAGGACACAAAACAAGCCGGUUUUACCAAGUACAAUGUUCAAACGAAUCUCAAAGUUUAGCUUGUUGUUGUACCUGAUGUUCUUUCACACUUCUUUAACCAAACAUUCAGACCUGGAAAUGACCUGGUUUUCUCAUAAUCCAGUGCUGGUCACAUCAUCAGUUAUUUUUAUGGUACUGACCUCAUCUUGCCCUCAUAUUAUGACCACUGACAUAAUGUUACAUGUGCCAUAGUCUUGCCAAAGAGCACAGUAUUGCCAAAUCUCCAACCUACAAACAAAAACUAUGCAGCAUAAAGUGAGAAGCUGCAACAAUAGUAUUCAGCUCUGCUUGGUAUUUGCAUUUGAUUUGACUGUAUAUGUAAAUAAUUACAAAGUUGUUGGUUCUGCGAUGAGCUUGAAGGUCAGAGAGUGUGAUGACUGAGAGAAUGAAAAGUUAUUGGGGGUUCAUUGGGAUACAUUCAUGGUAAAGGUGUUGCUGUUGUUAGCAUAAAAAGAUGAUUUAGCUCACUCCUUGCACAGGUGUUUUCACUUAUAUUACCUUAUUAAAGCAGGGUUAGGGGUUAGGGUUAAUAAAGAACAGGUGUAACUUAUCAAGAAAAUGUGCAGCUUUCCAGACCAAACUUCAACCUGUGAGGUCUAGUCAGAAAAGUGAUGUUUUCAAGGCCUUUAAAGUCACAUUAAUAGAUUUUUAGGCCUUUUUAUAAGAACUCAACAAGAAGCUAGUUAAACCUUUAGCAUCCUGGCAGGCUGUUUUGGCUGUUGUUGUUAGCAAGCAGCUACCUACU